AUGGAUCAGAAAGAAGGGAGUUCCACUGAGAAUGGGACCACUGUCUCCCCAACUUUGGGGAAUCUUGGGACACCAGGAAGUCAAAGCACUGCACAGGAGGUGGCAGAAGGCACAGCUGGGACAAGUGUCAAAGAAGGGGCUCCAGAUGAGGCAGAGCAGCAGUGCAAAGCAGCAUCUGAGAGUGGAAUGUCAGGGGAAUGCCCAGAGCAAGUAAAUGUAUUAGAUGGGCUCAAUGUAGAUUUGCAAGGGGAGGCCAGUGGGAAGGAAGAAGUCAAGGUUGACCUUGCAAAGGAGGAAGGUGGGAAGGAAGAGACCCACGUGACUUCUCAGGAAGAGACUGUCAAGAAAGAAGAGACAAAACCUGAACCCAGCGAGGUUAAGGGAAAAGAGGAGGCCACGAUGGCUUCGGAGAAACAAAACGCUGAUGGAAAAGAGGCCAAUGUGGACUCUAAAGAGAAAUUGGACGUGAAUGAUGACGUCAAGCCUGAACCCAAGGAAGGUGUUGGGGCAGAGGUUACCGUCAAAGAGGCUGAGGCAGAAUCUCAGAAGGCUGAUGUGAAAGUCCAGGCCAAUGCUGAACUUCAAGCCGAUGGUGGGAAAGAGACAGAAAGUGACACAAAGGAGCAGGUGGAGCCAGGGAGUCCCACUGAAGAGCAGGAGCAGGCUAAGGAAAAAGAAUCAGAAGAAAGGGCAGCAGUGAUUCCCAGCUCCCCUGAGGAGUGGCCGGAGAGCCCCACAGAUGAGGGAGCCAGCCUCAGCCCAGAUGGGUUGGGUCCAGACUCUACUGGAGAGACCAGUCCUUCGGCCAGUGAGUCUUCGCCCAGUGAUGUGCCCCAGAGCCCCACGGAGCCCCCGCCCGCGGAGGAAAAGAAGGAGAGAGCACCAGAACGCAGGGUGUCAGCCCCUACUCGACCCCAGGGACCCCGAGCACAGAAUCGCAAAGCCAUCCUGGACAAAUUUGGCGGGGCAGCCUCUGGCCCCACUGCACUGUUCCGGAACACAAAGGCAGCUGGGGCAGCCAUUGGUGGUGUUAAGAACAUGCUUUUGGAGUGGUGCCGGGCCAUGACGAGAAACUAUGAGCAUGUGGACAUCCAGAACUUCUCCUCCAGCUGGAGCAGCGGCAUGGCUUUCUGCGCCCUCAUCCACAAGUUUUUCCCAGAUGCCUUUGACUAUGCAGAGCUGGACCCAACAAAGCGCCGGCACAACUUCACCCUAGCCUUCUCUACCGCAGAGAAACUAGCCGACUGUGCGCAGCUGCUGGAAGUGGAUGACAUGGUGCGGCUGGCAGUGCCCGACUCCAAGUGUGUCUACACCUACAUCCAAGAGCUGUACCGUAGCCUUGUGCAGAAAGGGCUGGUGAAGACAAAAAAGAAAUGA